AUGACGAUUCCUCAGAACAGAGCGGGCUUGCCCAUCGCGCCUCCGCCACACUUGCAGAUCAGCCGAAGCGCUCGGCGAAGAGCUCUGAGCGAGGUGGCUCGCAAGACUUUGCCGAUACCGGGUUACACGGGACAUCUUCGGGCGCACAAGGUUGAGAAUGUCUUUGGAGCCACCUUCGGCGAGGCCCUUGUUGUCGCGCAGGGUGCCCGGAAUCGUCGCGGUGCCGACGAGGAUUUCUCGGCACAUACAGCCUCCCGGAUGCAUAACAUUGAUGGCGGCUCGCUCAAUGCCACGAACGGCCACAAGCUUGGGACGAACGAGCCGUUUGCAAAGACCGUCUCUGUGUACCACAAUCCACGGGGUCAUGACAUCCGCGCCGGGGCUGCAAUUCCUGGCUAUUGCGGCUUCAUUCCCUCCAAGGUUGCUGGGAACUGCUUCGGCAAGCGAAUGGCGCUGGACAACCUUCACGCCACAGAGAUGCGACGGGCCAACGAUGAGGGCGCCGAAUGGCGGACAAACUGGAUCACUGCUUGUGAGACAGAUCGAAGAAGGUUGGCUCACGGAGCAUUCUCGGUCAAUGAUCAUUUCAAGUUCACGCGCGAUGAUCCCCAGCGGGACGUCUCCGCGUCACCGAGCUCCUGGAAAGUAUGGGAGCCAAAGGCACCCCACCAGUGGAUCAGAUACUGA